AAUUUGCCAAUCCAGCCCGGAGUGCGCGUCCCAUAGCCCCCCCUCAGUUUGUGCACCAGCACUCUCCCGGUCCACAGCCACAGGGUGCAGAGCGGCAACAGAUUCAGGAUUCACUCCACCUCCACUGAUCUGUGCACGCUUCUUCAUCGCGUGGAAAGUUGGAGGACUAUCCUUUUUUUUUUACCCAGAGACGUCGCAUGUACUUGCGUGUCACCCGCAGCAUCCAGGUGAUCCGGCGCGCAGUGAAUCCAGCACUCUAUGAAAAAGAAGAAGAGGAAAUGAUAUCUCUUUGGGAAUCACACACUGUUGAGGACUUUUUCCGCUCUUGUUGUUGGUGAAAAAGAUUCUGCAGCCUGAUCGGAAGACGCGGGUGCAUUUUUAAUGUCACAUGUCAGUAUUAGAUGAGUCCGCGGCGCCGUAUCCUGUGCAAUAAGAGGAAUGGUGGUGUCGCGUGGAAUACAACUGUUUUGCUUUCAAUGGAGAACCGCUCAAAGAGGAUAAAUUGCGUGCAAAGUUGUGUGGCUUUCUGCUGAGGGAGUUUAUCCAGCGGGCGAACAAACAGACAUGGGGCCGCUCCAGUGCGUGGGACUCAGCGCGCUCCUCCUGUGCACAGUGGUGGACAGCAAGGUGAUCCUGGAGGGCCUUCAGAGGUAUGGCCCCACACCAAUCUAUCUGCCUGUCAGCUACCGGAUCCUCAAUGCUGAGGCGGCAUUCUUUCUCCAGGAGGCAAAUCAGGACUUAAUGAGGAACUCCAGCCUGCAGGCUCGUACGGAGUCUUUCUUCGUCCACCAGGCCCGGCAGAUACCCUUUGUCAAUGCUAGCUACGGCCCGCUGUCUGUCCAGCAGCCUGUCCCUCUGGAGCUGCUGCAGACCCUGCCAGGGCCAUUUAACACACCCUCCUUCUCUUCAUCAUCAGUGCCAACAUCAGCGUCAUCGCCACCUCUCUUUACAUUUAACUGGAAGGUUCACACCUAUAUUAUCAGCGAAAGGAUUCACCCUAGUUGGCCAAAGGUUCAAGUGUUGUUCUACAUUGCGGGGAGGGACUGGGAUGAUUACAGCGCCAUCCACAAGCUGCCCUGUGUCAGGAUGUUCGCCUUCCAUGAGACUCAAGAGGUGCGGGGGACAUGCAGGCUAAAAGGUGAACUGGGAAUAUGUGUUGCCGAGCUGGAGCCCCUUGCCAGCUGGUUCAGCCCACCCACCAUCAGGCCAGGAAGACAGAGGGUCUCUGAGCAGGCCCAGGGCACUCCUGUGGAGCUGUACUACAUGAUUCAAACAACGGACAGUGGAGACUGCAGCUCAGAGGAUUCAAGAAAGGACACCUCCGUCCGCACAGACCAGCAGAGGCCGAUGGGCUAUUUUGCAGGGCACACACCUAUGCAGCGCAUCGGGAGUGUCAGGCUGUUUCAGCCGCUGUCGGAGCUGAAACUGGACAAUAACUUUGUGGUGAUGGCACCCUCCAAACCCAUCCGGCAGAGAGAAACGGUCUCUGCUUUUCUGGCUCUGUCCACGCUUUCCACAGUGCCAAUUUUCACCCUCAGGGUCAAGCUGAAGGACGGUGUGGCGUUCCUGGGAGCUAGGGCCAUUAACCCUGUUGUGUGGACCGUGAGUCAGGAUGUAAGAAGUGAAGGUCACAGGAUUGUCACCCUCCACUGUCGGAGGAAGGAGAACAGUUUUAGUCAAAGGUACGUUAGACUCCCUCCUUCCACAGAAUUAAUCAACGUAGUGGAGGCAGCAGGCUACCAGCGAGUGCUGCAGGUGGACCUGGAGGUGAACGGGCUGAUGGUGAUUCAGGGCGGAAGGGAGGUGACAUGGCAGGUGGAGUAUCCGCUCGCCCGCACCCUUACCAGUGAGGUGCCGACCCUCAUCCGGCUGGCACCACAGGACCUGGGUGGCAUCGUGCCACUAGCCAUGGAUACCGAGAUCCUCAACACAGCUGUCCUCACUGGGCGCACAGUCGCCGUGCCAGUAAAGGUAGUCACCGUAGGAACAGACGGAGCUGUCUCUGAUGUAACAGAGUCGGUGGAGUGCAGGUCUACAGAUGACCAGGUUAUCAAGCUUUCUAGUGGUACGUGGGUGGGUGAGCGGAAUGAACAAAAGGUAGCUGCGGUGUAG